AUGUCACGGGAAUACUACAAUUUGCGAUUUGUCGUCACCACACCGACAUUGUCCAUCACCGAGUACAACUGCCUGAAAGAACCUUGUAACCAGAUUGGAUUCCUAAUUGGCGAUAAAAAAAUUAAAGUAUCAAAUGUUAUAACUGAUGAAUCGUUAAACAAUACCAUCACAGAAGAAACAAUAUGUGUGCAUGCUUCAUAUCCACUACCAGAUUUUUAUGAACAACUAUGUUCAAACCCAUUACAAAUAGACUACAAAAAAUUGAAAUACUUCCUACAGAAAUGUCCAGCAAAUUAUGAGAAAUCUAUUGUUGGUUGGUACAGAUUUCGUAGAAAUGCUGUAUUAUCUCCCAGUAUUGCUGAUAUUCGUUUCCAUGCACAACUCAGUAAUAUUUUUGAUAAAAUGAGCGUAUCAUCAAACAAAUUUCUAUUUUGCAUGUUGAACCAUAACUAUAUUGGUUCCAUGGAUCAUAAAUUCAAUCAUAUUUUUUACAGAUGUGACACUGGAAAAUGCUUGAACCCAGUUAAAGUUGAUAUUGUGAAUUUGAGUACAAAACCUUUCAUCGAAGAUGAUAAUCUUGGAUAUAAGACAAACAUUAAUUUAAUCGAUAACUGCAAAGCAUACACAGACACUAUAAAUAAAGUAUUUGGAAAUGGGAAAGAACAGUGUUCAAAAGUCUCUGUGUACAACAUGAGAACUGCUUUGCUUGAGGAGAUGAAUAAAAUGGUUAAACGGAUAGUAGAGAAUGAACAAGAAGUUAUCAAACUAAACACAUCUAUAGAAGCAAAAAAACAAGAGAUAGAAAAGAAAAAGAACUCUAGGCCAUGUAUUCCUAAAAUAUAA